AUGGAAUUAGAGCCUGGUAGUGCAAAAGACUCAAAUGUUUUUUUUCUUUCCAGUGACAUCCUCCAGAAAUCCAAAGUGGUGGUAUUCAGCCUUUCACAAUGUCACCGGCCUGGUUGGUGUCGGUGUCCUCAGUCUUCCUUACCCUCUAUCUCAACUUGGAUGAUUGAAGCACAAGGGUGUGAAAUCAUUGAGGUUCUUAGCAGAGAGAAGUGUAAUGAAGUGCUUAUUGCACUCUAUUCGUACAUCUCUUCACAGGGAUCAUCUUUACUUUCUGCAUAUCUUUCUAGUUCUGAUGUUACAGAUUAUGGUUUGUUACAUAUUAAAGAAGGCAAGAAUGUUGAGGCUUUAAACCUUAAUUUCUAUGAACAUAUCUCUGAUGUUGGGCUUGGAUUCAUUACUGGUCUUUCAAACUUGAUAAGUUUGAGUUUGAAGAAGAACACAAACAUCACUACAAAAGGAUGUUCUGGAAUCCAUGGUGGCCUUGUCCAUUUAAGAGGUUUACACAAGCUUGCAUUGCUGAAUAUGGAACGUUUCCCUAUUACUGCAACAUGCCUGGAUUUACUUUCAGAUCUUGUUGCUCUACUUUUUCUGAAUGAGGCUGCUGAUGACAAAGCACCACAAUCUGAAAGAGACAUCAAGUCACGUGCAAUUAUUGGGUUUUCAGUUCAUUUACAUUGCAAACUUGCUGCUUUAGUUCAACAUGCAGAUGGAGGUCAAGUCACUAAGUUUCUUGCUUGUUAA